UUUUAAAGGAGGGGCCAUGGCUAGUUGUAAGUGGAGUGAUUGUCAUUACACUCUAAAGCUUCGCACAGCGGGUUUGCAGGUGAUUGGCGAGGGCUGGCGAGGGCAGAGAAGGCUUCUGGGCUGAUCAACGCGAGUCCCACGACCAGGGUUUCAUGCGAACCCGGAAAUCCAAGCCUAACCUUCCAAUCCUUCUAUUUAUUCCCUAGAAAGUGGGGCAGGCCUCCCUGCCCCCCCCCUUUAUUAGCACUUCAUGCCAACUGCUUAAGUAACUGCACCUCUCGUCUGGUGAGUCCUAUUACUCCUGCCACUCUGGGAAAUCCUUAAACCCCGGGGCUUUGCCCCCGAACCCCCAUCCCUGUGUUUCCCUCUUGGGGUCUCCGUCCCCAGACCCCUACCCUAUCGCAGUGGACUUGCUCUCAGCGAGCUCUUUGUCACAACCUAUUUUCUUCAUUUCUGACCUUUUUCUAUUCCUGCACAAAUUAUUUCAUGUAUCAGUGAGCAUAUUUUUUUCACUUUCUCAAUGAUAGUGUCAUAACUUUUUCAUAUACAUGUAUACCAAAGUUUUAGGGUAUUAUUGGAAAAAACCGUAAACAUAAAACCCAGGGAAACUAACCUCACAUUUGUGAAGAUUUCUUAUUUUCUAAACUUUUUUCUUAAAUAAUCUUAUCUCGCAAUCGAAUCAUAAACAAGCUAUUUAAUUUUCAAAUUAAUAAAAAGAAAAUUUAUUAGUCUUGUUCUUUCCUCUUCGUGAGCUCAUGAAAAACUGAUCAAUUUCGCUACUGCGCAAGCACGGAGUCUAUCGUACGUGUAGUACUCGUGUUAUCAUUCCAGUGACGUCAUGACUAGUGCCAUCAUUUGAUUGGCUAAAUGUUUGGAAGUUAUUUUUUGCACGAAUAGGGAAACAGGCGGAAACAAAGGAUACGGAAGCAACCAAUCAAUGGACAAUAUUAAGAAAGAGCGGUUGGUAAAUUAAAAUUCGAAGUCAGUCUCACCAUGGCUUCGCUUUGUGAAGGAUGUUACAACAAGCCCAUGAAACUUGUCAAAUUAUAUUUCGAAGAUAACGAAGCUAGCCUGGAAGUGCUACGGAAUCACGGUGUUCUUCCUUCGCAAGUACUUUGCAAGAAUUGCAAUUUACCGUGCACGCUUCGUGGUGGAAGGUGGUUCUGCAGCCGCUGGACAAAAAUUGCUAAAACUAAAAGGCGGAAGCAGUGCUCCUUCACUGUAAGUAACUACAAGGGGACAUUCCUCGAAAACGCUCACGUCGCUCCCUCAGAUCUGGUGGUUUUUAUUGUGUUUUUUUUAGAAAAAAUUUGGAACCACCACAUUGUUUUUGAAAACCUCGGUUGGGCAGAGAGAACCAGCGUUCACUGGCGUAGCUUCUGCUCAGAGGUUACACAGAACUGGCUUACUAAUCAGGAAGCAAUUGGAGGACCUGAGGUCGUCGUAGAAAUUGACGAGUCCUGUUUUGGCAAGAGGAAGUACGGCCGCGGGAGGCAGCUGAGCAACAUCUGCGUUUUCGGAGGAAUUGAGAGGGAAUCUAAGAAAUCUUUCUUGGUUCCUUUGGUGCCUCCUCUUUCUCCCAACAGGAACAAGGAAACACUCGUUCCCUUGAUAAAGAAGUUUAUUCUCCCUGGCUCCAUCAUUUGUAGCGACGGUUGGGGAGCGUACCUUGGUCUCGACAAGGAGGGAUACACCCAUCGAGUCAUUAAUCACUCGGAGGAGUUUGUGGAUCCUGGUGACAGGUCAAUUCACACCCAGAACAUUGAAAGAUUGUGGCGGGACGUAAAGGAGUGGGUGAAACGUCCUGGGAACCGGCCACAAUAUUUUCAACAGUAUUUAUCGAGGUAUUUGUUCAUCAAGAACACGAGGCACCUGAGGUUCCACAAAUUCCUCACCGAAGCUGCUCGGCUGUACCCUCCCCAAUCAGAGCGACGAAAAGUCGCCCCUGCCGUCGCCCCUGCCUCAACGGACUCGGACCCCGACGACCCUCAACCUGGUCCCUCUUCUGCUUAGGAUUGCUACUCAAGGAAGUCCUUUGCUCCAUAUUCCACAAUAACUCCAGGACAAGGGAGCAGCUUUGCUAGUAGUCUAUAGGGAACAAUGUUACGAAACAGUUUGUCAAGAUUAUUGCAAUCAAGAAGAAUAACUGAACCAGCCAGAAAUGUCAUGGUUUUAUCAUCACUUGCAUCACAGAAAUUUGGCAUUUGUAUUCCAGUUUCUCAGAGCAGUUGUAUAACAAAUACUCUGUGGUCAACUGCAUACCUUCCCAACACUAUGCCUCAGUACACAAGCAAGAGAUAUUCAGGAACAGAUGCAAGUUUGUUCAAACGCUUUAUAAAAAAGAUGGGACUCUUAAAAUAUUCAAGGACGAAAUUGAAAAGGUCUGGUUUUCUCCUGUAUUCUAACUUGACUGAGAAAGUGAGGGUUGAUGAAUUUUUCGAGGUUUGUGAUCUCCCAGACACAUUUUACUCCUGGUUUUUGGUUACUGAGCUUCACAUUUGGAUGCUGAUGGUGCGGCUCAUGGCUGAGGGAAAUGAAGGAAGAUUCACCAGAAAUGCUCUCAUUGAGGCAUUGUGGGAAGAUGCAGAUGCAAGAUCAAAAAAGCUUGGGGCAGCGUCUUUAAGCAUACGGAAAGAACAAAUGGAAGCAAUCAAUUCCUCAUUCCAAGCGGCUUUGUUUGGAUACGAUGAAGCCCUGAUUGAAGAUGACCGUGUCUUAGCAGGUGCCCUGUGGCGUAGGCUGUUUUCUAAGAAGUGUGAAGAUCCAGAGAGGCUGGAGUGUUGUGUGCAUUAUGUUAGGAGACAG